AGACCACUCAUCAUCUGCUCGGAUGUCAUGUUCGGCACGCUGAAAUACAACGAGGCCGACCAGCAGUCCUCAUUGGAGCAAACGUCGCCGCCGUUUAUAAAACUCAAACGGAACUUAGGGAAAGUUGCUUGCACCAACUGUAGGUCCAGCAAGCUCAAGUGCACGGGCGAGCCCGACGGCUGCCGGCGCUGCGCAGUUCGGGAUCUAUCGUGCAGUUAUUCGACAUCAAUCCACUCCGUCAGUGGACUGGCUGAAAAGAGGAACAGCAAGGGGAAGGCCGUGACAGAACGAUGGAGACAUUCGGUGAAUGCUGCUGAUAGCGACCACCCCAAGCAGGUAUACGACUUAGAGUACCCGACGCUCAGCCUGGCUGAGUUGAGUUCAAUGUGCUCAGCCGACUCUUGGGACUCGCUGGGUUCAUUUGACCUGGGUGGGGAAACCAAAGUGGGACUUGACGGCGAGCUACCCAAUCUCCAGGACACGAUGUCAGGGGAGCCGUUUCCUUUCCUCACCAGUCGAAACCCCUUCCAUAUAACAGACUGGUCGAUAGUUGGACCACCAGGAGGUACCGUGGCGCCAAUCGCACGUCAAGACGCCAGUGUCUCGAUCGCAGCUGUGGAGGACAGAUGUCAGCCUGCGUCCCUCCUACCCACGGACACCAAGCAAAGCCACUGUUGCUUUAAAAGGGCGGUCCAGACCUAUGAGAUGAUCGAAGUUAAUCUCGGCUGGGACCUCGAAAGUGGCCAUAGGGGAGCAAUUGGCAGUACUCUGGAGCAGCUCAAACUAGCUCUAGGCGCUUGCGAGUGCCUCUUAGAAUGCCAGCAGUGUGCCAUGCAACACGAGUAUGUGAUGCUUCUCCUCUCCAUGUGUCGCAGGCUCGUUGGGGCUCUGGAGUCUCUAUACCGUAUGUUCGAGGUCCCAGCCGCCCCAGAUGUGGAUUUGCAUGUGCCAUUCUACACAAAGCAGCACUUGUUGUGUAGAGAAAGACCGAGACAGCCAUCUCUCAGGCCGUCGUGGACCCCAAGUUCGGUUGGCUCGGAAAGUGACCUGGUCACGGAAGGCUGGAGUACCCAUAGCAGCACUAGUAACAGUCCGCAUGAUGGCCCAGACCGUGGCCACGGGUCGAACAGAGUGAGCCUUGACGCAGACGAUGAGCGUAUCGUGCUUCAAAGCCUCCUCCGUGCUCGAACCGCAAGAUUGGAUGCCUUCAUCCGGAGGUUGGAGAAGCUGAUCCCCGAGGAAGGCUGGCCGGUGCAUAAGGGAGGAACGCAGGAACUGCAACAACGGAUAAAGGGGCUUUUGUCUAGAUAG